AUGUCACCUCCCACAAAUGAAAUUUCUGAAAUUUCCGACCUCCCCCAACAUCUUCAACUAGAAAAUCGGCUAGAAAAACUGUAUAUCAACCCGAAUUCAAGCACAAAUCAACAAUUAAUCGAUGAGGAUGCGCGGAAGGCUGAAAAUCAGCUAGAAAAGCAUCAACGAUUUCUUCGAAUGGCAAAAGUGACGUCGCUUCGGAGUAAGGACCCGAAUACCCAAGUGGGAUGUGUGAUUGUGGACAAAGAGAAUUGCAUCGUGUCAGUUGGAUACAAUGGAUUCCCGAUCGGUGUGGAUGACGACGUUUUUCGAUGGGAUAAGGAGGAUCCAGAGGAUAAUAAACACUUGUAUGUGGUGCAUGCAGAAAUGAAUGCGAUAAUAAAUAAGCGAUGUGCCACACUCCACGACUGCACUGUCUAUGUAACCCUGUUUCCAUGUAACAAAUGUGCUCAAAUGCUGAUUCAAUCGAGAGUUAAAAAAGUGUAUUUUCUGGAGGACCGAGAUGAAUUGCCAUUCCGUGCUUCGAAAAAGAUGCUCGAGCAUGCCAAACUCCCUUACGAGCAGAUCGUAAUGCCACGUGGCAAAUAUGUUAUCGAGUGCUAG